AACGAGCGUUUCCGGAAAAGGCGGAGUUGAAGCGCACUCAGGCAGAACAACAUCAAGUUGUUUGUUUGGUGUUUUAUCAGGUUAACAGGCAGUAUACAUGCAUUUUUGCGUUUAGAUCACAUUAGGCACGAUUAGAUCGCACAUUAUUAAUUGAUUUUCAGACAUUAGGCAAGCAAAGAGGAUAUUCUCUGGUAGUCAGCUGUUGGUUUGCCAACCAAUUUUCAAUAGAAACCCGGUAAACAUUGUUUCAUUUAUUCGCCUUAAAGUAGUUCCAGUCAAGUACUUAUGAGUUUGAUUUGUCUUUUGAACACAAAAUAAGUGUUUAUUCUUCAAAAGUGGGCUCAAAAGAAGAAAUUCAAAGAGAAAUGGCUUGGUUCCACCAUGCUUUGCAAGGCUCGGGCCAGCCAGAUGCACCCACCGUGGAAGAUGUGUCCCAUACACAGGUCUCUAUGCACACCAUUACCCAGUUAGGAAUGUCUGAUGGACAAGGUUGGUCAACCCUCCCUUCGGUCUCCAUCUCAGACUUUCCCUCUGCCUCAGGAGGAAUUGUCCCCCAGCGACUGGAAGCUCUGUCCUGCACAUCUCUCAGCAUGGGCUCCAGACAAGAUCCUGUGCCGCUGUCUUUUGUGACGCUUCAGGAGCAAAGAUGUGUGCUCAGCUGGUUUUUGGGAUGGAAUGUUGCUCAGAAACAACGCUUUCUGGAAGAUCUGAUCUCAAAGGCUGUACCUGGAAAGGUGUCUAGUUUAUUAGACCAGCUCAACACACUACAGGUGAACGAUCGCCCUCCCAACAUUUUUGAAUGCCAGUUAAGACUGUGGACUCAGUGGUUUGAUUCAUGGAGUGAAGAGGAGAGAAAUGCCUUUUUGAACUGCUUGGAGGAAAAGGACCCGACUUUUGUUGCGUUCUUCUAUAACCAAGUUGCCGGAACGGCAGGCAGAGAUUGAGAGUUUUCAUAAAACAAUUUUUGGUUCUUUGCCUUUUUCACUCUUGUAGGUGAACACGAAAUCAAGUCUUAUGGACAGCUAAAGGCUUUCAGAACAGCAAUGUGACUAUUUCAAGUAUAAUGUAAAACGUUUUUCUAAAAUAAAACCC